AUGGCGGACACCGUCUGCCUCGUCCCGGGGCACGUGGCGGACAUUGCCCAUCCACCCCGUCACCCGCAGUGGACAACGCCCAGUCGUCCUGGGACAUCGCCCACCCACCCCAGUCCCGGGAACCGCAGCGGGUCCUGCCCGCCCCUCCCAGAACACGUGGAGGACAUCAUUCGCCCGCCCCGGUCCCGUGAACUGCCCACACUGCCUGCCCAUCCCGGGACACGUGGCGGACACCGCCCACCCUGUCCCGGGGUACAUGGCAGAUAUCGCCCACCCACCCCGUCACCCGCGGUGGACACCGCCCACUCGUCCCGAGGCACAUGGCGGACAUCGCCCACCUGCCCCUGUCCCGGGAACCACAGCGGGCCCGGCCCGCCCCACCCAGAAAACGUGGUGGACAUCAACCACCCGCCCCGGUCCCGUGAACCACGGCGGGCCCGGCCUGCCCAUCCAGGAACACGUUGCAGUCAUGGCCCGCCCGCCCCGGUCCACGGAACAGCGGCGGGCCCAGCCCACCCACCCCGGGACCAGAGGCGGACACCGCCCGCCCGUCCCGGAACACGUGGCGGGCAUCGCCCACCUGCCCAAUUCCCUGGAACCACAACGGGCCCAGCUCGCCCGCCCUGGUCCUGGAACCAGCGGCGGGCCCAGCCCGCCAGUCCUGGAACAGGUGGCGGACAUCACCCGCCCACCCAUCCCAUGGCACAUGGCGGACAUUGCCCGCCCUCUCGGGACCCUCGGCGAGCCCAGCUAGCCCGUCCCGGAACACGUGGCGGACAUGACUUGCCCACCCCAGUCCCGGAAAGCGAGGCGUGCCAAGACUGCCUGUACCAGGGCACACGGCGGAAAUUGCCUGCCCAUCCUGGGACACGUGGCGGACACUGCCCGCCUCGUCCUGGGGCACAUGGCGGACAUCGCCCACCCACCCCGUCACCCGCGGUGGACACCGCCCACUCGUCCCGGGGCAUGUGGCUGACAUCACCCACCCGCCCCGGAAUCAGCGGCAGGCCCGGCCCGCCCAUCCCGGGAUCACCGGCAGGGCCCGGCCCGCCCGUCCCAGGAUCAGCGGCGGGCCCGGCCCACCCGUCCCGGAACAAAGCGGUCAUCGCCCGCCCCGGGACCUGA